AUGGCCCGGCGGCGGCGCCGCGCCUGCAUCGCCCUCUUCCUGGUGCUGCUCUUCGCCUUCGGCACGCUCAUGGGGCUGCGCACACUCAAGGCCCCGGACGGGCUGCCCGCGCUGGGCCCAGGCCCGGAGCUAGCACCGUUCGAGCGGCGUCCCGAAGGGAACCCCGCGCCCGCCCGCGCCCCGGCUGCCCCCGCCGCGCCGCCGCCGCCUCCACCUCCACCGCGCACCGCCGCCCCGCGCGCCUCGCUGGGCCCGGCUGAGGCCGAUCCCGCGCCCCGGCAGAGCCUGAGAGUCUACUCCGAUCUGCACGCUUUUUACUACUCGUGGUACGGGAGUCCGCGGCGCGAGGGCCACUACAUCCACUGGGAUCAUGUCAUGGUGCCGCACUGGGACCCUAAGAUCUCGGCCAGCUACCCGCGUGGCCGCCACAGCCCUCCAGAUGACUUGGGCUCCAGCUUCUACCCAGAACUGGGGCCUUACAGCUCGCGGGACCCCGACGUGCUACGAGAGCACAUGACCCAGCUCAAAGAAGCUGCCAUCGGAGUUUUAGUUCUCUCCUGGUAUCCACCUGGCAUGGCUGAUGAUAACGGGGAGCCCACAGAUGACCUGGUACCCGCCAUCCUGGACACUGCCCAUCAGUACAACAUCCAGGUGGCCUUCCAUAUCCAACCCUACAAGGGCCGGGAUGACAUCACUGUCCAUGACAACAUCAAGUACAUCAUUGACACGUAUGGCUCCCACGGUGCAUUUUACCGUUAUAAGAAUAGCAUGGGCAAGAGUCUCCCACUCUUUUAUAUCUACGACUCCUAUCUGACAUCCCCUGAGGCCUGGGCCCACCUCCUGACACAAAACGGGCCUCACUCUGUCCGCAACACUCCCUACGAUGGGGUCUUCAUAGCUCUGCUCGUGGAGGAGAGUCACACCCACGACAUCCUUGCUGCAGGAUUCGACGGAAUGUACACCUACUUUGCCUCCAACGGCUUCUCCUUUGGCUCUUCCCAUCAGAACUGGAAAGCUGUGAAGAACUUCUGUGAUACCAACAACCUGAUGUUCAUCCCUAGUGUGGGGCCUGGGUACAUUGAUACCAGCAUUCGGCCCUGGAACAACCACAAUACUCGGAACAGGGUCAACGGCAAGUACUAUGAGACAGCCCUGCAGGCGGCCCUAACUGUGAGGCCUGAAAUAGUCUCCAUCACCUCCUUCAAUGAGUGGCAUGAGGGAACACAAAUUGAGAAAGCUGUCCCCAAGACGACACCAACUCGCCUGUAUCUGGACUACUUGCCUCACCAGCCCAGCCUGUAUUUAGAGCUGACCCGGCGCUGGGCAGAGCACUUCAUCAAGGAAAAGGAGCAAUGGCUGAUGUGAUGGACUAUCACCCAAACAAACCUCAAGAUCACCAAGCGGUUCAGCUGAGGAUAUAGGCACUCACUAGUCCCAAGUAGCAACUGGGAGUUUGUGGGUGGAUCAGCUAGCUCACGUAAAACAGAGGCUGGCACUUGGACUGGUGGUGCUGGGAAGCGAGGCAUGAUGAAGUGGGAGGGGGGCAAGUGGCUGCAAUGGCUUAAGGAAGCUCCGUGUCCCUCAGCUUUCAGCUGUGGAGCUGCGUAAGCCCCUGUGCUUAAAAGGGUCUCAGGGUUCUAAGCUAGCAUGCACUUACUUCCUUUGGACAGCUACCUUCCCACAUCUUGCUGAACCCAGGGAACCAUGUCUGACACUUCUAAGAGGCCUAAGGUCCUUCCAGUAGACUCCUGUGCCCCAUUAUCAGGAACACUGAGCACCCGCACUCAUUACUAAGCACCCACUGUCAGGUAGGUCCUGGGGAAUUUGAGCAAGGUUUCCUUCCCAAAGCUUACAGGAUCCUGCUUUUGAUGUAACCGGGUAGCUAGCACCUCGGCUGUUUUUGCUCUUUGCAGCUACACCCAGGCCUGGGAGUUCAGCUAUUUUUUCCUCCAAGAUAAUACCUCUGUGCUCCGGAGCCUUUCCCAGAUGAACAU